AACAUGGUGUCCUACGGUAGUGGUAUCGUGUCGCUCAUUGCUUGUACCCUGUUGGCUUCAACACAAGGACACGCAAAGAAGACCUUCUCUGGACAACUUGUGUCUGGUGUAUACAUGGAGACAGGGGUCUCCAGCUUCACCUCGUGUCAGUCUCUGUGCUGGUACUCCGUCUCCUGCAUGUCCUGCACCUGGGCUACAAGGACGGGCUUGUGUUACCUCAGCAGUGAGACCAGGGACACCUCGCCGGCAUCCUUCUCUGUCAGCCCACAUCACAUCUACUCAGACGCCCUGGUGCCACAGAAUGGGCAGCAUCCGUGUAUCAGCAGACCAUGCUCUACGGAAGAGAUCUGCGUCCCAGUGAAGGCAGGGACUGGCCACAUGUGUCUGUACAAGGGUGAUGUGACUGAUGCUACAGCAACUACUGCAACUGACUCGAGUACUAGGGCUGGCACGGACACCACCACGACAACGAUGUCUACUACUGAUGUCACUGCCUCUCCAACAUCAGCAUCAGCAUAUCCAACAUCAACUACAAUGAAUACAGCAGCCUCAACAACAAUGACGUCAAGCAGCACAACACAUGCCUCUACUACUGUUGUAGAAGCGUCAAGGGCUGGUACGACCAACACAACAGCAACUGUCUCCACAGCAAGGGCUGGUACGACCAACACAACUGCAACUGUCUCCACAGCAAGGGCUGGUACGAACACCACAACUGCAACUGUCUCCACAGCAAGGGCUGGUACGACCAACACAACUGCAACUGUCUCGACAGCAAUAUCUGGUACGACCAACACAACUGCAACUGUCUCCGCAGCAAGGGCUGGUACGACCAACACAACUGCAACUGUCUCCACAGCAAGGGCUGGUACGACCAACAUAACUGCAACUGUCUCCACAGCAAUGGCUGGUACGACCAACACAACUGCAACUGUCUCCACAGCAAGGGCUGGUACGACCAACACAACUGCAACUGUCUCCACAGCAAGGGCUGGUACGACCAACACAACUGCAACUGUCUCCACAGCAAGGGCUAGUACGACCAACACAACUGCAACUGUCUCCGCAGCAAGGGCUGGUACGACCAACACAACUGCAACUGUCUCCACAGCAAGGGCUGGUACGACCAACACAAUUGCAACUGUGUCUACAGAAAGGGCUGGUGCGACCAACACAACUGCAACUGACUCCACAGCAAGGGCUGGUACGACCAACACAACUGCAACUGUCUCCACAGCAAUAUCUGGUACGACCAACACAACUGCAACUGUCUCCGCAGCAAGGGCUGGUACGACCAACACAACUGCAACUGUCUCCACAGCAAGGGCUGGUACGACCAACACAACUGCAACUGUCUCCACAGCAAGGGCUGGUACGACCAACACAAUUGCAACUGUGUCUACAGAAAGGGCUGGUGCGACCAACACAACAGCAACUGUGUCUACAGCAAUGGCUGGUACGACCAACACGAUUACAACUGCGUCUACAGCAAUGGCUGGUACGACCAACACGAUUACAACUGCGUCUACAGCAAUGGCUGGUACGACCAACACGACUACAACUGCGUCUACAGCAGGGGCUGGUACGACCAACACGACUGCAACUGUGUCUACCGCAAGGGCUGGUACGACCAACACAAUUGCAACUGUGUCUACAGAAAGGGCUGGUACGACCAACACAACUGCAACUGUCUCCACAGCAAUGGCUGGUACGACCAACACAACUGCAACUGUCUCCACAGCAAGGGCUGGUACGACCAACACAAUUGCAACUGUGUCUACAGAAAGGGCUGGUGCGACCAACACAACAGCAACUGUGUCUACAGCAAUGGCUGGUACGACCAACACGAUUACAACUGCGUCUACAGCAGGGGCUGGUACGACCAACACGACUACAACUGUCAGUACAGCACAAGCUGAUGCGACAACUACUACAACUGCCUCGACUACUGGAGAAGAUACCUCUUCAACACCAUUGGCAACGACCACUGCAGCUGCGGAGAAUGAUGCGUGUGUAUCCGACUGUCUUGGAAAAACAGGACAAUAUCCCUCUUGCAAAGGCUGCGACAUGUUUGCUGUUUGUGAAAAAGGGAUUCUGACAGAUAUGUCCUGCUCUCCUGGAACAGAAUGGAAUGAUCUCAUCAAAACAUGUGUUCUUAAACCCUCACCUACGUGCCUUUAGCUCAGGCAAUGCGCCAAACGGAACGGGCUUGUGCCUUUCCAACAAUAGCUGUAUAUGGUAAAAGAAAGACACGUUUAAAUUACACUGAGUAUUGACAGUUUACGUCUCGACGAUUCUGUUGACUUCGAUCUUUAUCUAAAUCUCCUGAGAAUGCAUAUCAAUGAUCUGAUAUCGUUUAAUAACAAUAGAACAGCCAGUUCCUUCCAAUUGAUUUACCCAUCUG